AUGAAUCAGGCGUUGGACCCGGAGGGUGUCUCCUUCCUAACUGUGCAAUUAGGGAGUCGAUAAAAGGUUUCAGCGCCUGCUGUCAGCUCACGGCCCGCUGCUGCACAGUCCACUUGCUCUCACUCGGGAACAAGUCUCCUGAGUUCCUAAAGAUGCCUCGACUCCUGAGAGAUGUCCUCUGCGUAACUGAGACAUUCCACAAGUACGCAAGGGAGGAUGGUGACGAGGCAACACUGACCUGCAGAGAGCUAAGACGGCUCAUCCAGGGCGAGUUUGGGGACAUUCUUCAGCCACGUGCCAUUCAUGCUGUGCAGAGAAAUUUGAAUCUUCUGGAUAUUGACAGUGAUGGCACCAUCAGUUUUGAUGAAUUUGUUCUUGCAAUCUUCAACUUGUUGAAAUUCUGUUAUCUUGAUAUACAAUCAUUACUAAAUUCAGAACCAAGACAAGUGUCUAAACCAGAGGAAAAGCCAGAUAGUAUGGAUCUUCAGGCAACCAGUGAAACUGGCCAGUGGACAGAGGAAACUCCACCAACUCAAGACAAAGUGCUGUUUCCUUCAGGAAUAGCAUCAUCAGCUCAGCUCAGCCUUAACGAAAGGGGAGCAGUUGGACAUAACAGGAUAGACCCACAGGGAGACACUCAGACUCACAAACUGCCUAUAGAAGAAUUUGGGCACAGUGAUCCUGAGAACCAACAUCUGGAAGGAGUUGAACAGAGCCAGGAAGUGGCCCAAGAUGUACCAGCAACAGGAGACAGUGGGGCCCAACUUGAGACAAAUAAGCCAAUGGUAGGAUCAGAACUGAUCAGCAGUCCCACAAAGGGGGAGGGACAGGAUAAGGAGAUUCCAAGGGAGGGAGAUAAACCAGCCAGGGAGCAAAGUGGCACUAAGACAAGAGAGCAAUUUGGAGAACAUAAAGGGAAGUUGGGGACCCAAAGUUCUCCACCAAAAGAGACAACACAGAGGCCAUCUGAAGAUCAGGAAGCUGCAGCAGAAAAGGGUGUUAAGGAACACUCUAAAGCACAAGAACUUCCACUAGAAGGAAAAGAUGAGCCCAGUUCAGAGCAUGCUGACCUGCCAGAACAAGCUGCUGCCUGGGAACCAUUUCAGACACAGAAAUCAACUGAUCCUGAGGAUGAUAGUAGAACAGCUGAGACUCAAGAACCAGGAAAGGAUGCUGACAGGACACCACCUGAGACAAAGAAUGCACUUGAACCUGAGGAUGAUGGUAGAACACCUGAGACCCAGGAACCACCAUCACAGGAAAAGAAUAUGAAAAAAAAGGACCUGCCAGUCCAGGGUGAUAGCAGAAAUGUUUCAGAAACACCCAAUGUUAGAGCUGAAUGGAAAGAGGGGAGAGGUUCUGAGGCCCAUGGGUCAGCAGGGCAGAAAGAAAGUGAGAGAAAAUCUCAGUUACCAGUCCUGGAAGACCAAAAACAGGAUGGGAAGUAUCAGGAACUCCAGGCAUCAUCGAAAGCAAGGGAUGCUGAAGAAGUUUCUAAGACACGAGAGUUAAGCUCAGAAGGAGUAGAUCAGAAUCAUCCUGAAAUUGAAGGAGCAAUCACCCCAGGAGAAGAGGCAAGACACGCUGAGGAAGGCACAACAGAAUCCCUUGUGAGCAGCAAAAAUGCCCCUGCAGCAGAAGGGACACCAGGAGUGAGAGAAAGAACACAGGAGUUGGCAUCACUUGAGAACCAGUCUGGAGAAGAAGAUAAGGGGGUCACCAAGACUCAUGACAAGCUCGUUGAAGAGGAUGAUGGUUACCAUAGGGAGGGUCCUGAACCAACAGUCACACAGAAUGAUGAGGGGUCUUCCAAAACCCCCAACAGCCUGACUCCAGAGGAUGGUGACAACAGCUCAGAGACAAGUGACCUACCUGUGCAAGGGAAUUCGCAGAGUCAAGUAGACCCACUCAGAGAGUCCAUGCAAGAAAGUCACAAUGAUAACCCAGAUAACCAGAAACGGGUAGCACCAGGUGAGAAAAACAGAGCUCAGGAGGCAGUGGUGCUGGCAGUGAGAGGAGAGGAUGACCAGCUCACCAAGGAAGGGGAACAGCCUGCCAGAGAAGAGCACAAGAGUCAGGGCUCAGGGACCAAAAGCCCAGGCCCCGCUGUGGAGCCCAGUGGACACCCAGAGGCACAGGAGUCCACAGCAGGACAUGAAAACAGGAAGUCCCUGGAGACACAGAUCCCAGGUGCCCUGGAUGCAGACUUCACUGACCAGCUUUCCAUAACACAGCUCCCUACAAAGGAAGACAGUAGAAAAGAGCAAAAGUUCCAGGGCCCAAGUACCAAAGAAGAGGAAGGUGGAGUACCAGGGACUCAUGAGGCUCCAGUAAACAGUCCAGAUGAGGACAAUUCAGCCUCCCCCAAGACACACCUUGAGGAAACUGCAACAUUGGAGGAAGACGAUGAAAGCCCCCAAGAGCUGGCAGGUGAAGGUAAUGACCAACCAAAUCCAGCCAAGAAAGGACAUGAUUCUUCAGUCCCCCAGUCAGGCCUUGAAGAGAGGACACAGAGGGACCAAGAGCCCUGUUCUGUGGAGAGGGGUGCAGUCUAUUCCAGUCCACUGUAUGAGUACCUGCAGGAGAAAAUAACGCAGCAAACAGACAUAACCCAAGAGGAGCAUCAAAAUCAAACUCAGACAGCCAGGGCAUUGAGCCAGGGCAUUGAACUCUGCCAUGACCAGUCGAGUGCAUCCCUCACCAGUGACAGCCAAGCAUCACAGCAGUACACCAGGGAAUUUCUGCCUGAUGAGGAUCCUACUGAUGUACAGCAAACAUCAGCUCCCCAGGCCUUGGAAGAUAAGCAGGGCCACUCUCAGAGAGAGGAACCAGGAUCACAAAGGGGUGAGAGCACCACAAAGCAAUGAAUCGUAAUCAUUAUCCCAGAAGCUCCAAGAACUUCAUACAUCUCGACAUGCCACAGACUUCUUCCCUCCCAAUCACCCUCAACACACACGCACACAUUCAGAGACAGAUUAAUAGUCCUCUAAAUUCCUUUCCUACAUUUCUAUAAGAGCAAAUAAUAAAGUAUUCAUCAGUAGGAGCUACCACCAAAGAAAUAUCACACCAAACAAAUACAACCAGUAAAAGUUCUGUCAUAUGAUUCUACUUCCAAGUGCUGAAAUGGACUUUCUCAUGAGACCAUUUAUCACAAUUGAUCUGUCACUGAAAACAGAAAAAUCCCUUCCAUAUCUUUAGCAGAUGCUAAUUUCUUCAAGUGAUUCAUUGGCUUUUUAAAGUGUGGCAAUAGGAAGUACAAGACCGCACAAUAUUCCCUUAUAAUCAUAAAAUAUCAUUGAUUGACAGAUGGAGAUUAUUAUGCUUCAUGACAUUCCCUACACAGAUUUCAAGUUUACUCUAAAAUUUUAUCCCUUAAAAUAACUUCAGAUAUUACCAUAACUUAAAAUAAUUAUGAAUUUCUAGCAAAACUUUCUAGGAAUUCAUGACUCUGCCCAUUCCCAGGUGCAACUAAAUCUAUGCCAAGGAUUCAUUCAUACAUUUAUUCAUUCAACAAACUUUUAUUAAAUCCCACUCCUCACACAGCCCUUUCAUAGUUUCUGGCUCAAAUAAGCAAUCAGAAUAAUUAUGAAGGCGAGUAAGAACACAAAUCUAAAGUAUGUCUGAUUCCAUAAUAAGCUCUUCUAACCAGCCAUCCACCAAGUCGACGAAAUGUUUACCUACAUGGUUUGCUGAGGACGUUGUAUUAAAAUUGAUAAUUAAAUAACCUGAUGAUCAA